AUGGCAACAGUAUUAGCGAUGAGUACCACUACAUCACCGAAGAGUACUCUGGCCAAACUGGUCCUAGGUCCGAAGCCAAAACCAUUCAAGGUCAUGGUUCUUGGUCAAUCUGGAAUUGGCAAAUCAGCUUUGGUCGUCCGAUUCAUUACACGCCGGUUUAUUGGCGAAUAUGAUCCCAAUUUGGAGAAAGUGUACACUUUCCAGACGGUUAUCGAUAACGAGAUGGUGUACUUCGAAAUUUUGGACUCCGCUGGCGACUCUCAUGAAAGUGAAUACGCAAACCUGGAGAGCAACAUCCGCUGGGCGGAGGCAUUUAUUCUGAUGUACUCGGUGACCGACAAGUGCUCCUUCGACGAAUGUCAUCGGCUGAAAUUCCUCAUCAACUAUAACAAACGGAGGCGGCGACUCACAGCCACGAAGGAUAGUGUAUUGGAGACACCCGUUGUGUUAGUUGGCAACAAAGCUGACCAAGUUGGUGAUCGCAUGGUGUCUACGGAAGAGGGACAGCGCCGCAGCCAGGAGAUAGGAUGCGUCUGUUUCCACGAGAUCUCCGUCAGAGAGAGCAUCGAACAGGUGUGGAGUGUGUUCCGCGACACGCGUCGGUUCUGGCGCGUGAGCAGUAAAUGGACGCGCGGUCGCGCUGACUCCUCGGCCGACGUGCAUCCGACAGCGCUGGGCCGGCCGCUCUCCCGCGCUGCCUCCGAUUCUACUCCCGAGGAGGGAGUCACUUGCAACACAGCCGGUACCCCUUUCUGUCGCCGCUGGACCGAAGUAGAUUUGGACGAGGAGGAGGAGGAGGUGAGCGUGGGCCGCAGCGACUCGACCUCAUCGUCGGGGCGGUCGGAGGGCGCGGAGGAAUUCCGGCCGCGCGCCAGCACCGACUCGCGUUUGCCGCCACUGCCCGCGCGCCUUCGCCAUCCGCACCUCGCGCGCCCCCAUCCCACGCACCUCAGGAGGAUGAGCGUGGCCAUGAAGGGCAACAAUGGUAGCACUUUAGGCUUUGUACAAGCACAUGUCAAAGUCGAAAGCUACGCCAUUGGCCCGCCUUAUGGGUCUCACCCGGUGGGUUUGACCGCGAAGAUGACGAUGUGUGAAGACGCAGGAAGGGUGGGACCGCUCCAUUCAAAAUGA